AUUCUUAGUUAACAUGUCUAUGAUUCUUCACGAAAUCUUCCCUACAUGGCGGUAUUCAUUGUCGAAAAACUUGACCGCACCAAUACCAACCGCCCGCGACGUCGUUGUUAGUCCUUAUUAUCUUAGUUUAUGAUUUAAGACACAUUUUUUCAUGGCAACAAUCACAAUCACGGUGAUACUGUCACGGCAGUAGCGCCGUAGUAGCAAAACAGUAAGAUAACGAGGCAGUAAGUUGUUCCCCCACGAUAACAGAAUAACGCUCUCAAGUGUAAUCAAUAGAUACAUCAAUAUAAAUAUUACAUCAAUCAGUCUACGAGCACCGACUCGUUGGCUUUGAGUUAUACGGCUGAUAAGAAAACAAAUUCCUAUAUUUAACAUUUUUAAAAUAAUCAUGUUGAUCUCCAAUAUACUUACACAAAAUGUUAUUCUGCUUUUUAUUGGUAAGUUUCACAGAUAAUGUUAUGAUUUAUAUAACAGAAAAACUACUUUAUAAAAAAAAAAAAUGCAUACUUUAUAUAUUAUAACUGAAUUGUUCAACUUAUGUUUUAAGGAUCUAUACAUUUGAAAAACCUGUACAAGAUUCAAUUAUUUAUAUUAAUGUUCCAUCUUGUUGUUAAUAAUUUCAAUUUUUUAAUGUUGUAUUUUUUUAAGUUGCUGUUAUCUCACUGAAAGAUGUGGAUUCAUCGAGAGUAUUGGAACUUAGUGAUGGGUAAUUACUGAUUUAUUGCUAAAAAAAAUGUUUUAAUAUGAAUUAAAUAAUAAUCAAUAAUUUAUUUCAUUAGGUUCAUAGAAAUGAAAAAUGAUGGACAUUGGUUUAUAAUGGUAAUUAUUAAAAAAAAAAUAUUAUGACCUAUUAGACAUAAAGUAAUAUUAUUUAUCAAUGUAUUAAUUUUAAUACUUUUCUAUUUAUUGUAUUACUAAAUUGUUUUUUUUUUUUUUUUUUAAGUUUUAUGCGCCAUGGUGUAACUAUUGCAAGAAGUUAGAACCUAUUUGGCGUCAUGUGGCUCAAGCACUGCAUCAUUCUGAUAUAAGAGUUGGAAAAAUUGAUUGUACACGAUAUAAAAGAGUAGUUUCAGAGUUUGGAUUGUCAGGAUAUCCUACAAUAAUGUUGUAUGUCCUGAAUUAAUUAAUUUAAGAAUAAUUUAAAUAUGAUAUAAAGGGAUUGUAAAUUAUUUAAUAGCUUUAGAGAUGGAGAAGGACAGUUUCUAUUUAAUAACGAACGAACCAAAGAUGAGAUGGUUCAUUUUGCAAAACGAUUGGCUCGUCCACCAGUUCAAGAAGUUACUGAUAGUAAAGAUAUUGAAAUGCUUAAACAAACAAAUCGACAUUUUUUCAUGUUUAUCGGAAAAAGUGUUGGUCAUAUUUGGGUAUUUAAUGUUUUUAUUGUUGAAAAUAUUAUAAUAUUAAUUAAAUUUGUGUACUCUAUUUAGGAUCUUUUUUACGAUUUGGCAAAAUAUUAUCAAGCACAUUCUUAUUUUUAUAUUACAUCUGAAGCUACUGGAAAACAGGUUUUAAUAAAUUCAUUAUUAAUGCUAAUAUAUUUAACAUUAAAUUAGUUUCAUAAUGUAAUUAUUUAUUAAAGAUAUGUAUGAAAUAAGUCUGAACUCUGAAUUUAACCUGUUGUUAGUUAAGUGGUUUUACCACCCGGAUAUUUUCUUUACUACUACCUAUUAUAUCAGUUUAUUUGAUAUAAAUAAUAAACAUCUUAUUUGUUUUUUAUAUUAAUAGCACUUCACUUUUGGAGAGUCUCCUGCAGUAGUGGUUUAUAAAGAAGAACAACAAUACUCUUUCAAUGGUAUUUAAAUAAAUAAUCAUUAAAUUGUGUAAUGUUUUUAUAAUUUGUUAAAAUAUUUAUUAGCUGAAGAAUGGGAUUCAGAUUUCAAUACAAGUUUAACACAGUGGGUGAACACGGAAAGAUUUAAUACUUUUGUAAAAAUUACCCGAUCAAAUAUUCACCAUAUGAUGGAGACCAAUAAGUAUUUAGUACUAGCAUUAGUGGAAGAGAAUAAAAUAGAAAAGUUACCUCCACAUCAUUCAGAGUAAGUUCGACUAUCAUUAUAAAGUAAAUAUUAUUUCACAUACUUUUUUAUACACUAUUUCAAUUAAAUUUUUUUCUAUUAUUUUUUAGGUUUCUACAAAUGGUAGAAUCGGUUAUAAUUAAAAACAGAGAACGUUUUCAUCGGUAAAAUAAAUACAUUCAUUUUUUAGUUACAGAGUGUAUAACUUCAACAUUCUAUAUCCUAGGCAUUUUAUAUAAUGCCUGCCAGAAAAUGUAUUUUCUUUUCUUUUGCAUAUCACAAUUAGUUAGGUAUUCUUAAUUAACAAUAUUAAUAAUAAUAAUAUAAUCCCUUAUAUGAUUAUCAAUUAAAAUAAAAUAAUAUACAGCUGUGUAUAUAAAAUAAUAUGUAUGUUUAUAGAUAAUUCAAAUAAAUAAACAAUAUAGUAAUAAAUGGGUAUUAAGGUUGUUAGGUAACUAUUUAGCCUUGUGCAAUUAAUUGUGUGGUACCUAUUACUGGAUUUUCCUGACACAGUAAACGGGCUUGUACACCUUGAUAUACUCUUUUCAUAUUAGCACCAUUGUCUUAACCUUGAUCUCUACAAUCUGAAAUACACAACCCAUUUGAUUUUAACAAAUAAAUUAUUUUAUUGGAUAAACCUUUACUAGUUGUAUUACCAACAAUUUAAACAUUUAAAUUGAAUUUAAAUAUUACAUUUCUCUUAAAAACAUUUAAAUUUCAAUAGUGGUAGUUUUUAUGUCUAUAAAACAUAUAAUAAUUUUUUUUUUCUUUAUGGCUUAUAUCAGAGGUAUAUAAUCUAAUAAAAUUGUAUGAUAAUUAUACCGUUUUAUUCUAUAAAUAAUGUCGAACUUCACUUUUUAGAUUUUGGUUCAUUUUGAAUACUAUUUAGAGAAAUAUGUAUAGGUAUGAUCUUUGAGCACAGGAUCAAAACUUUUCUAAUAAUAUGGGAGCUCUGUAUGAGUGCACAGCUUGCACCGACUUCAAGCUGGUCCAGUAUACACUUACUUAAUAUUGAUCAGACACUGUAUACAAUUUAUUAACAUAGUGAAGAAUGUCAAUAUUAUGCACUUUUUUUCUAACAAAUAAAAUAAUAUUAAAUUUAUCAUUUAAAUAAUAUAAAUACAAUGUUAGAUUAUUAUUCAUUUCAUUUUAUUUAGUGAAUUUCAAUUUGGAUGGAUCGGUUCACCUGAUUUUGCCAAUGCUAUUACUAUAUCAGAGAUGCCCCUACCAUCAUUAAUCAUAUACAAUUCUACUACUAGACAUCAUCAUUUUCCAGAAGAAAAACCUCAUGAGCUAACACCUGAAUCAAUCACUUCAUUUUUAGAAGCUGUUAGAAAUCAAACUGUAAAGGUAAUUCAAUUAUUGAACCAAAAUUGUAUUAUUUUAUUCUUCUAUGUCAAGUUAUUCAUUAUAAUUUUGAAAAUAUAUUAUAUUAUUAAUAUUUUCAAUGAUGGUUUUUAAAAUUAGGCAUACGGAGGAAGUGGUAUUUUAAUACAAUUAUAUAGAUCAUUGUAUGAAACAAAGACUGCAUUAGUGAACAUUUUUACGAAUAAUCCUGCAACCGCUUGUGUUUUAUUUGGAUUACCGUUCAGCCUUUUCAUAAUACUAUGCUACUCAACAUGUUGUACAGAUAUUCUAGACGCAAAUGACGAUGAUGAAGAUGAUAGUGGUAUGUUUAAAUAGUAUACACAGUUAUACAAUUAAAGGUUAAAAUAAAUAGUUAUGAAAAUAAAUAAUUUUUUCUGAACAACUCUAGUCAAAAUUCAAAAUUGUAUUCUCAGUUAAACUGCAUUAUGUGUGUGUGGGGUAAAACAAUUGAAUGAAGGCAAAGUUGAAGAAGAUGUAUAUGCAGAACAAAUCAACUUUUUUAUCUUAUAAUACAAGAAAAUACAAUAAUCCACCAUAGUGGUGCAACAUGGUUAAGGGGAAUGUCCGUCUCGUUAAAUUUCUAAUAAAUAUGAAUUUAUUUCUGUAAAUUUAAUGCUUAUCCACCAUAUGAUUUUAUUACAUUAUAUUAAAACAAUAACAUUAAACAGUCAUUGUAUGUUUUACUACUAAACAUACAAUUACAUUCAUGGAAUGUUACUUAGAACCUGCUUUUGAGUUUUUAUUUUAUAUAAUAGUAACUGUCCCAUGGCAAUUUAUUUUUAUUUUUAGCUUUAAUCCCAUUUUGUUUUGCUUGUAUCAGUAUAUUUAACGAAAAAAAAAAAUAUGUGGAAAGUGGAUAAUUUGUCUAUGGUGAACCUAGAGUGUUCUAGUGCAGUGGUUUUCAACCGGUGGGUCGCGACCCAAAAAUGGGUUGUGAUAAGUUUUCUUUUUUAAAAAAAAAUUAAGUUUAUACAAUUAUAUAAGGUAUACAAAUAAUUGUUUAAUUAUUAAAUUUAGAAAAUUAAUAAAUGAAAAUACAGUUUGAAAAUUAUUGUAAGAUGUUAUGUAUAAACAAUAUUAUAUUAUUUACAUUCAAAAAUAUAAUAGUAAAAUGGAUUUCAUAUCACAGUAUAUGUUUCAUAUGCUGGUAUGAUUCUACGUAGUAUGACAUUAAAUAUAAUAAUUUACGAAUAAACCAGGCUAGUAAUAAAAUAAAUAUAUUGUAUUAUUAUCGUUAAAGAGUCCCAUAAUCUACAAACAUUGUUGAUGUCACUGUGUUUAAAGGCGAAUAAAUCUUAGUCGCGUUAUUAUUCUAAUCAUAUUUACGUAUCCUUUAAAAAGUUUUUUUUAUGUAUGCCUUAUGUGGAUCACGAAUAAUGUAUGCCUAAAAAAUUUGGUCGUGAGUCCAAAAAGGUUGAAGACCACUGUUCUANUUAUGUAUGCCUUAUGUGGAUCACGAAUAAUGUAUGCCUGAAAAAUUUGGUCGUGAGUCCAAAAAGGUUGAAGACCACUGUUCUAGUGUGACAUUUUUUCAUCCAUGUUCAUAGAUAUCUGCGCAGCGCAUAGGUUAAAUUAUACAUGCACUAUAAUAACCCUCAGAUUAUGAGCGCAUAAUUGUACUGUACAAAAAAUACAAAAAUUCAAAGAUGACAUUAUUUUAAAUGUUUUCACUUUUCAUUAUAUUUUUUUUAAUAAUAUUUGUUUAAUAUCGUACAGAUUUUCCCAGUUUUCACAUUUACUAGGAAAACUUUGGCAAAUCGAAAAAUGACCUCCCUGAAGUACCUCCCCUACAAAAUUUCUUUUCAGAAAAGUUGGUACAUUGUGUACAUCAGAGCAAAAUUCCUGGUAGAAAAGUUGUUCACAGAUAAAACAAUUGUAAAACCUUAAGCUUUUUUCGUUCCACUCGGAAUCUAAAAUGAAAGUCAUGUGUAAUUUAUAAUAGGACCAUAAUCAAUUGUUAACCUUUAUUUGAUAUAUGUCAUAGUAUGGGGCCCAACAAAUUUAAAAUCGCCCCCUCCCCCCUCUUGAUGUUUUAUCAAAACCUCCACUGCAGUAUAUAGCAUCCCUUUGGACACAUUAUUAUUGUUAAUAUUACCUGCUCACCGGAAUAAUAAUAACAAUAAGUAAUAAUUUACGAAACUAAACAUAUUAUAUACCUAUUCUAAGUUUUUCGGUUCGUUUGUUACCUACAUACGUCAUUAUAGCAUAGAGGGUCACAUUCUAUGACGGGGGUGGAUGGUCUUUGUCGUUUAUCUAUUACUCUUACGCUAAAAAUGUAUAAAACCUGUCUUGUCACAAAUUUUACAGUCUUCAAUUUUCAUUUUGUUUUUACUUAAAAGUUUAAUAUUUUUAAAGACACAUAUAUUGUUAAAAAAAUAAAACUUAAAAAACUAAACAAUUUCACCUAAAAUUCAAAAUGGGCCUUGGAGGGCUACGGCGCAUGUAUUUUAGUUAAUCGUGGCCCCGAGACAAAACUACUUUUUUUUGAAAGACAACGGUUUUUUUAGAGCCCUAUUGUCUGGACUAGACGUGAAAACGUAACAAACGGAUUUACUUUCAUAUUUACAACAUUAAGUUAGGAUAUAUUAUUAUUGUAUUCAUUAUUUAUCACAACUUUUGUUGCUAUUGUUACCAUUUAUCAAUACUUUGAUUGAUUUUAUUAAAAUAUAAUUAUACUGUUUGGGCUUUGACUUUUAAAAAUAUUGUUAGUGAUAAACACUAAUAAAAAGUACUAUUAUUACAAAAUUUUUUCUAGAAGCUAGUAUUAAUAUUAUCAUAUAUUUAGAUUUGUUUAUUGUUUUAGUAAUACCAAUUUUUGAUCACUUAUUAUAAUGUUCUUUUAUAGAAACAUGACUUUUUAUUUUUGCGUACACAAAUUAAAAACCCAAAUAUGGACUUUUACGAUUGAUACAAAAUUUAACAAAGAUUAUAGAUAUCUAAUAGCAAUAUAAUAAUAUUUAAUAAUUUACUAUUGUAAUUCACUUUGGCAUUGAAACAUUUCAGGUUUAAAUAAUUUGAAAAAUGUAUUAAUUUUUUUUAUCACUCCAAUUAAAAAAAAUAUAUUAGAUAAUGAAUUUGCAGUUGAAAUUUAGCUUUUAUAAGAUAACUUAAACAAUUAAAAUUGUUGAUUAAUAAGUAAUAACAUUGAUUAAAUUAUAAUCAUACAUUGAUACUUUUUUUACCUUUUUAAGAAUUAUACACACUUUUUUUAAAACAUAAUAUUAUAAUUUGUAUUAUAUUAAGGUAGUGUUACUUUAUUAUAUGAAACAGUUUUAAUAUACCAUUACAAAUUUAACAAAGUUUUUUUUUUUUAGAUUCAUAUCACGAGAAGAAAGAAUAAGUUAUUUUAACUUUCAAAGACCUCUUAAUAAUGUACCAACAAUUAUUAAGGACUAAAUAUGUUGAACAAAUUUUGAAAUUAAUGAAAGGGAAAUAGAAAGACUAUUUCACACAAUUGUUCAAAUUGUACAUUAAAAGAUAUAUUGUAAAUUACAUUUUUAAAUUAUACAUAAUUAUAAUCCCCACUACAUUUGUAUUUAAUAAAUUUAGUUUUUUUUUCAGUAUAUACAUCAAUCAAUAAAAUUAAUAACCAUUCAAGGAAAAGUAUAGGGAAUAUAUUAUUUGGGUUUUAAAUGUUGGCUGAUUUCUAAUUGUGUGUUUAAUGUGUCUUUAAUUUUUAAAAGUAUUUUUUUCUUAUAAUAUUAUUAUCUUUAAAGAUAAUAUCAUUAAUUUAUUAUUUGUAUGGUUAAUACAUACAAUUUGUUGAACCUAAUUAGUAGUAAAUCCUUGUUAAAAUUAUAAAGGAUAUGUGAAUUUUAUAUAAAAAUUCAAUAUUAUCCAAUACGUAUGUCUUAAUAUAUAUAAAUAUUUUUUUUUGAUAUAUUAAGCUAAAGUUUAUGAUUUAUAUUGUUUGUAUAAUGUUGAAAAAACUUUUCUUGUAAAUGAAUUAUUGAAAUUAUUUUUUCUUUUUUUUUAUUGCCUAGUUUACACAAUGCAUAGUACUUGUUAUUAGUACUAGUCACUCGCAUUAUAAACUAGGCAUAUUAAAAAAAAAAUUACAUUUUAUCUAGUCAAUAUUUAUAUUUAUUUAUAUUUAUUUAUAUUUUAAGCUUAUACAUUUUUAUUAAUAUUAGCUUUGUCAAUUGUACAAGAAAUAAUUGUUGCAUUCAAAAUAAAUAUUUAAGUGUCAAGCAGUGUAUGAAAUUUAAUUUAGUUUUUUACUAAGAAGUUUGCUCACAAUCUAUAUGAAAACAAACCAAAUAGUAUAACACGGUUAUAACUUGAGAAAAUUCAUGUAAAUGGGACAUUGGAACCACUGGAUCAAACUUUAUUUCAACUAUUAUGAUCUGAAUUCUGUAAACUAUGACAAUGAAUACAUAUUUUGUUUUCCACAUUGUUUAAUAAAUUAAAACGUAAGCAUGUAAGAUUAAUGAUUUUACUAAAUUAGGAGUAAUAUUGUGUUUAAAAAUAAAAUAAUUGUAUCCAAUAUUUUUAAAUUACACCAAAAAAAAAUUAUAGGUACUAUCUAAAAUAAAACUGGUAUUUCCGUGUAAAAAAAAGUAAAUAUAAAAAUACUUGGAAAGAGUUUGGACUGGAUUUGCUAAAAUUGUAUUAAUUUGAGAAGUCUAAUUUUUUUAAUAUGAUGCGAUUUGGAACAAUAUAUACAUUUAUAAAUAAUGUCGAUUAUCUAAAAUCUAUUUUCAAUAAGUGGAUACAAAAGUUAACAUUUUAGAACUUGUAAUGAAAAAUUAAAGGCAAAUAUUUGAUUUGAAAAUAGGUAAAUAUUCACUAAAAAUUUAGUAAACUAUUGGAUUUUUAGGGUUGAAUAAGUGAAGAAAAAUUAGUGUGCACUAGUUAAAAACUAGUGUUUGUUAAAACAUACAACUGGUGUUUAUCUACUAAAUAAUAUAAAAAGAUAUAAAACUUAUUUACAGCAAAUCGUUAUACGGAUCAAUAUGAUUAAACAUAGGUAACUACUUUGUUUUAACGUGUUACACUUAAGCACUGUUGAACUUAAUUUAUUCACUAUUUUUUCAGUAAUGGCUCUAAUAAUGUUGUGGUGCCCCCUGCAACUUCUUCACUCGCGUUUUGUAAUAAUCUGUCUAAUUCUUUUUUCUUGUAGUAAAAAAUCAACUCUUUUGGUUUGACACCUUUGAAUACUUCAACCACGGUGGGCUUGAGGUUGUAAAAAAAUAACGCCUGUUUUCUGUUGGCGAAAUCUAUGGAAAGCAUUUCUAUGACUUUGGCGGCAGUGAAAUCGGCACCGUACACAUGGGAACAGUCGAUAACCACCGGCAUGUCCCGUUUGAGACUGUGUUUGGUGACUAAGUUACGGACGUAAUCCGCGGAUGGGAACACUAAACAUCUGUCCGGAGUGAGCAUCAGGUACUUAUAACCUGUGCGGGUCUUACAUUCUUUAAUGGAUAUUUUGGGUCUGGCUGCGUGAUACAAAAUCGACAUUAGGUUCAGACCGAUGCCGAACAAAACACCAAUCUCCAGGGGCAAAACCAGGCAAGCGAAAAACGUGAACAAACCUGGGAUCAGGUCGCUCUUCUUCGAACGGUAAAUCGGUUUGACUACUCUCAGCUCGACCAUGAAUACCACGGCCGUUAUGAUGACCGCGGCCAAACAUGUUUUGGGUAUGUAAUAAAAAUGUGGCGUCAAAAAUAGCAAGGCCACGAUCACCAAGACGGACGUGUACGUUCCACCCAACGGGGUGCGUACUCCGCUGGCAUUGUUCACGGCACUCCUGCUGAACGAGCCGGAACCCGGGAAACCGUGCACAAACGAAUUGCCAAUGUUGCACAGGCCGAUAGCGAACAGUUCCUGUUUCGAGUCGACGGUAUUGCCGUUUGCGAACGCCUUACAAAUGGAUAUAUUUUCGAGCAGUCCGAUCAGUGGCAAAACGAUUACGUGCGACCUCAUUUGCGACACUAUUUCGAAAAAACCGACGGUCUCGUUGCCUCGGUGCAUCGAGAACGGCGGCGGAUCAAAGGCCGGAAGGCCCGCCGGUACUUUGCCGAUGAUCUUGUACGGUAUUUGUUCGACAGACUCGGCGGUUCGCGAAUUGAUGUACACGUAACUCGCCACGGUACAACUGAUGACGAUUAUCGAAUUUCUAAUCGUUCCUACGAACCACAUGCUUUUGUUCAUAUACUUUUGAACGGUGGUCUGUUGUCCGGGGUCCGCCGGGCCGAUUCGGAUUUCGGCCAAGAUUCUCAAUGUCAACAGCAGUAUAAUGCACCCGACGCCGAUGGCCGUGUCUCCGACACUAAUUUUGUCUGCAUCCCGGUAUAGUGAAAGCAACAUUUCCCAGAGACUGGACCCGGAUCCGUGGACGCCGAUCAGGUCUUUUAUUUGCGACGUGAUGAUCAACAGCGCUACGGCGGACGUGAACCCGGAUGACACGGGGCCGGACACGAAAUCGAUGAUUAUGCCGAGGCCGCAGAGGCCCACGGCCAGCUGUAUGACGCCGGUCAGGAAACACAGCAGAGUGGCGUAGCCCGGUCCCUGGCGGUACAGCUCGCUGUACGUCAUCAGCGACACGAUGGCCGUCGGUCCGACGGGCACGUCUUUGCAGCUGCCGACAAAUGUGUAAAUCAACGAGCCCAAAAACGAACUGUACAGUCCCUGUUCUGGCGGGAGACCGGCCAGUCCUGCGUACGCCAUCGAUUGCGGUAUGACCGUCAGACCGACAGUUACACCGGCCAUUAUGUCGCCCAGCCCGUCCUCGACCGUGUAACGCGGCAACCACCUCAAUAUGGGUAGCUUGCGUUUCGCAUUCUUCACGGUAAACGCUCCGCGCAACUUUUCGAUCAGCCAUGGACAGAUUUCCUGUAUCGUUUCAACCGUGUUUAUUUUCUGACCAGAAACAACUUCUUCGACUAGAAUGAAAUCGUCACUUCCCAGUGAACACGUAUACGCGUCAUCGCGACUAUUCAUCGAGCAGUUGCUGGUGUCUGGCAUAGCUACAACGGAUUCACGUCACAUACAUAAUCGGUUC